AUGGUUCUCUCGGUUUUUCUCAGAUGGAUUUUCAAACUGUUAGUGGUGUUGAUCAUCUCUCAGUGUGUGUGUGUGGUUUACUACAUGACUAACACACACACCAGUCGAGAUGGGAUGUCAAACGCGUUUCACCAGCUGCACUGCGCAAACCUCAGACGCAAGUUUUCCAUCAUCAAACCGGCCAAGAGUAUAAACAUCACGAGUUUCACGCAGGAUCUCUCAGAUCUCAUGAGCUGCCCGUAUAAAUCAAACACAACUGAACAGGAACUAAACAGAAUCAGACUGAAGUUGUGUUGUAAUGCCACAGGAUCAUUAUACCUGACAAAACACAACACCGCUGUCAAUCAAAAGAUCCCAUAUGAAACAAGCAUAAUACACACAUACAGAGUGGAUGCGGCACUUCACACAUUGUUGCCUGAGGAUUUCCCCUGGAGUGGACGUGGUUUGGGUCAGUGUGCUGUUGUGGGCAGUGGAGGGAUUUUAAAGAACAGCAGCUGCGGAUGCGAGAUUGACAGCGCAGACUUUGUCAUACGGUUUAAUUUGGCUCCGGUUAAUGACAGUGAUGUUGGACUGAAGACAGACCUGAUCACUAUAAACCCCAGUCAGAUUCGCGCAGGAAACCUGCAGAAGAUUCCUGGUCUGUUUGCGGAGCGUGUCAGUGUUUACGGCAACUCCUCCCUCAUUCUCCCCGCCUUCGCCUACACGUUCAACACUCAGCUGUCAAUCAAAACUCUCAAAGACCUUCAGCCAAUCAGACCUCAGCAGCCGGUCGUGUUCUUCAGCCCAGACUAUCUGCGGACGCUGGACCGUUACUGGAAGAGGCGUGGCCUGAAGGAGAUCCGCCUCUCCACGGGGUUUAUGUUGAUUAGCAUGGCAUUAGAGCUGUGCGAGCAGGUGCACGUUUACGGAUUCUGGCCGUUCGACAGCGACUUGCAGCAGCGUGCAGUUCCGCAUCAUUAUUACGACCAGAAAGGCCCAAAACACGGCAUACACGCCAUGCCAGAAGAGUUCCUGCGCCUGCUGCAGCUGCACAGCCAGGGGGCACUAACACUGCACCUGCUGCCCUGCUCUUAAUAGACACACGCAACAUAUUCUGCACUUACUCAAUGUGUUUGUGCUUUUAUUUUGUUUGUUUAUUUAUUAGGUGAAGAUCUGGCUGGACAAGAGUUUGGCCCCAGUCCAUAGGUGCUGAUAUAACCAAUAAUGAAUCAAGAAAGUCAAAACAACAGGACAGACAAAAUUGCUGAUGUUUAAAACAACUUUUCGUCUUCAACAGUGAUGGGCUGUGACUGUUAAUAUAUUAUAGAUGUAUAACAUUUUAUAUGGCAAAGGUGCAAAACGCUGUACAUUGUACAAUGCCUAUAGAACGUGAUCAUAUCAUGUCAACAUCCUUAUCAUUUGUCACAUAACAUCCUGGAAAUUUAAAUAAAUUCAAUAUAACCUUUUCCAGCUGUAUUUACACAUUUAUAACCUUAGUAAAAUAACUUAUUUAGAUAAGUGAUUAGCCCACUUGCUCAGUGUAAUGUGUGCUGACUGCUGGCAAUGGCAAUGAUGAAGACGAUGACGAAGUGUAGAGAACCCAAGUGCAGAUUAUUUACAAACGUGAUAACCUAUAACCCUAACUACAAACGUGAAACAUAAAACAUAAACAUGACUUGACUAUAAACAUGACUUGACUAUAAACAACAUUACUAUGCACAUACACGUUCACAUUCAAUACUUGACAACUAGAGAAUGCAAACAUGAGGGCUUAAAUACAAGACAUGGGAGAACAUAAACCAAUGAACAAACAGAACUCAUAACAAGCUAAUUAAACAAUAAACCAAUGAAAACAUUACACAUGAACAUGGAGAGAAAACAGGAAUCACAUGACUAGGGAAACAGGAACUAAACAUUUCAAAAUAAAAGACAUCAAUCAACAAAAUACACAUGACACUCAGGUGCAACCAUUCACCUUUCAGAUCACAAUCCUGGCUUAUUGGCCCCCACCUGACAUCAACUGUAGUGGUUUUGAUUACUUCAGAAUAAAGCCAGUUGUUCCAUGAGGAUUCCAUUACUAGUAGUGCAUAGUAAUCAAUUGGAACAGCACAGGUUUGGAGAAAAGUUCAAACAUGUUUAAAAGGCUUUAACUAUCCCUCUGAGUAUCGUUCAGAGCAUUAUUAAGAAGUAGAAAACAUGUAUGGCAUGGGGAGGUUGUGGUCAUGUGUCUGUCUGUGGGAGAGGGAAAGCGGUAAGGCUCGUCACCUGGCCUGUAAUUGACACCUGUCUCUCAUUAUAGUGAUGGUGGAGGGAGACCUGAUAAGGCUCACCAGAGCGUCAGAGGAAGAGAGACAGAGUGGCCCAGAGACUAUAAUUGAA